AUGGUGCGGACAAUGGGUCGCCAAACGGGUGUCUCAUUAGUCUCGCAACCGGUCCUCCAAUUCACGGAUUCUCAGCUUCUUUUGGUUCAAAACGGCGGCAAAUCUCGUAAGAAGGACCAACUCUGCGGUGAUGUUCAACGCAAACAUCAUUUGAAUGGCGAAAGUGUUGAGCAAUUCAUUGGCGAUCGAUUCAAUCAACUCGCGAGUGAUGUGAAUGCGUUGAAGAGUACUGUAUUAUCAAUGAAUAAGUUGGUGGACACCAAUUGGAUCAGCUAUGCGAACGCCAUCGACAAUAAGAACUCAGUCAACAGCUCAUCCAUUGAUUUACACGAUGUGCUCAACAAAAGUGAUGUCAAAAACACUUCUUCAGUGGGAGUUAUGGCUCAAGAGUUGAUUACUUUUGCCCGAAAUUACGACUCAAUUCUGGAGAAUGUCACAGAAAACGAUUUGAAAGAGUUUUCACACAUUUCUGACGAGUUCUUAGCGGAAGUCGAGACACAUUCACAACAGAUGCGAGAACUG